AUGGCGCCCGCUGCUGGAGCAAAGAAGCAAAAGAAGAAGUGGUCUAAGGGCAAGGUCAAGGACAAGGCCCAGCACGCCGUCAUCCUCGACAAGACCAUCUCCGAGAAGCUGUACAAGGAUGUCCAGUCUUACCGCCUCGUCACCGUCGCUGUCUUGGUCGACCGAAUGAAGAUCAACGGCUCCCUCGCCCGCCAGUGCAUCAAGGACCUCGAGGAGAAGGGCAUGAUCAAGCCGGUCAUCACCCACAGCAAGAUGAAGAUCUACACCCGUGCCAUCGGCGAGUAA